AUGAAAGAGUAUGAUGAAAUUCCAUCAAAUUUCAUUUUGAGGAGAUUGGGAAAAGAUAUCAUAGCUGAUGGAUUGUUGAGGAAAAAGUACUCAUAUCCUCAUAAAGGCAGUCAAAAUGAGUGUUUGAUUCAAGAUGCGUGUGCUAUUCUUCGUUUGUCCAUUAACAAGAUAGCAAAUAAUGAGGAGGAGUUAGCUAAAUAUAUAAGGCAACUUCAGGAGGUUGAUAGUGGUAUUCCUUUAUGUACCUCAUCAAGGGCAUCUUCGAGUAGAUCAGUUUACAUUGAAAAAAUUAUUGGAGCUGCAGUACCUAAUGUUAUCAACAUUCAUAAUCCAGAGGGGAUCAGAAAAAGGGGAUGGGCCAGUGGUAAAAGAAUCAAGAGCACUAGAGAGAAAGUGAUUGAGAAAUCUAAAAAGGGUUCUAGGUUGUGCAGUUUAUGUCAUAAACCAAAUCACAAUGCUAGGAGUUGCAUUUUGAGGUUAAAGAAUUCUGAUUUAGAAUCUGAGGUUACAGAAGGCUGA